AUGGACCCGGAAAAGGACACCCACCGCACGGGCGGUUACCUCACCCCGGAGCCCGACUACGUCAGCUGCGACUUCCCGCUCCCGAGCAAGACCGAGAGCGCGGCCCACGACGGCGCCGCCGCCGCCCUGGGCAACGACCUGAUCCCCUCCGUUUCCAAUGCCGUCGCCAGCGCCGGCGGCGACGUCUACGGCCAGGACCCCCGCCAGCAGCAGGGCUACGGCAGCAAGGAGGGCGAUGACUAUCUUGGCCGCAUCGACACAGCCGCCGAGGACGAGGCGUACCCCGAGGGCGGGCUCCGCGCGUGGUCCGUCGCGUUCGGGUCGUGGCUCGCGCUGUUCUCGGCGCUGGGCAUCAUGAACAGCCUGGCCAUCUUCCAGACGUACGUCGCAACGCACCAGCUCAAGGGGUACAGUGAGGGCACCAUCGGCUGGAUCUUCUCCGUGUACAACUUCUUGUGCUUCUUCGGCGGCAUCUAUAUCGGUCCCGUGUUUGACCGGUAUGGCCCGCGGUGGCUUAUCUUGUCCGGCACGGUAUGUCUUGUGGUCGGCGUCAUGCUGCUGAGUAUCUGCACAUUAUACUGGCACUUCAUGCUCGCCUUCGGCAUCCUCUGCGGCCUCGGCAGCUCCCUCGUCUUCACUCCCUCGAUCGCCGCCGUCGGCCACUGGUUCAAGCUUCGCCGCGGGUUCGCGAUAGGCAUGGCCUCCACGGGUGGCUCCAUCGGUGGCAUCGUCUUCCCGCUCAUGAUGCAGUCGCUCUUUCCGCGCAUCGGCUGGGGCUGGACCAUUCGCGCCGUCGGCUUCAUCUGUCUGCUUCUCUGCGGCGCCUCCAACUUUCUCAUCCGCUCCCGCCUGCCGCCCGCGCGCAACGCGAGCCCUCACCCGGAUCCGCGCAUCUUCCGCAGCACCGCCUUCAGCCUCACGACGGCGAGCAUCUUCCUCAUGGAGUUCGCGCUGUUCAUUCCCCUGACGUAUAUCUCAAGCUAUAUGCUCAGCGAGGGGUUCAGCGAGUCCUUUGCCUUCUCCAUCCUGCCCAUCCUCAACGCCGGCAGCGUCGUCGGCAGGGCGCUGCCCGGCUGGUGGGCGGACAAGGUGGGCCCCUUCAACAGCAACAUGGCUGCCAUCGUGCUUGCCAUCAUCGCGUGUUUCGCUGUCUGGCUGCCCUUGGGCUCGACCACGCCGGGCGUCGUGGUGUUCGCCGUGCUUUUCGGGUUCGCGACCGGAAACAACAUUAGCAUUAGUCCCGUGUGCGUUGGCAGGUUGUGCAAAACGCAGCACUACGGGCGGUACUACUCGACGACUUACACCGUGGUGUCAAUUGCGUGCCUUGUUGGAAUUCCUGUGGGCGGCGAAAUCGUUUCAGCGAGCGGCGGAAGGUACUGGGGCGUCAUCCUCUUCACCGGCCUUACGUACGUCCUGGCCCUUGUGGCGCUGAUGGCUGCCAAGAUUGUCUGCGUGGGGAAGGACAUUUGGGGAAUCUUCUAG